AUGAACAAUUUGGAGGGCCUCCGCCGCGCUCUGGCCCAGGCCCAGUCUCAGGCGUCCGGCCUGGCGCCCGGUGCCCGAGCCCCCGGAGCCGCCCUCCUCCCGGAACACCUCAUCCACGACAUUAUCGCUUUGGCCCUGGCCGGGGUCGGGCCCGGCAGCGACUCGUGUUACCUUUCGGCCGAUGAGAAAGAGUAUCUCAGCCUGGGGUACCUGCUUCGGCGGCUGGGCGACUAUGUGACGGCUGUCGGCGGCCGAUGCCCGGUGGAUGCUCACCUGGCCGGGCAUUUGAAUGUCGGCCCGGAGCUCACCAGCGACCUGGCCACGCACCUGGUCCAACGCACCGGUGGAGAGUUCCAGAUCGUCGGCGGCUGCCUCACUUCAAGCCAUUAUGUCGAGAGAGCGGCCGAACUCGGGGCCGAGGCCCUGCGCCAGGCUGGCGGGUUCCUCGGCGCGGCGGACUUGGCCACGCUCGUGGAUCUGCCCGGGCCCUUCAUUCGCAGUCAUGUUGUCCCGGGUAUCCGGCGGCUUUUGGCGCUGGAGUCGCCCGACGGCCGGCCCAACACGGUGACCCUCUGUCCGCUGAGCGGGGCCCUCUUCACCGGGCACUACUUGGCCCAAGUUGCGGACCAAGUGUGCGCGGCCUUCGAGUCCUCGGUCAGACCGGUGCUCCUGGCCAAGGUCCUCACCCAGCUGGGCAUCCCGCCGCCAUUGUGGGAAAACGUGACCACCGCCCUGCGCUCGCGGCUCGCGGCCAGCCCCCUGCGCGGCCGGCUUGUGGCCGGGGCUCCGGAGCCUGCCGGAGCAGCACGCCUGACCCCGGACCAGGCAGAGGCAUACAUUGCCUUCCCGCAUCCGAUCCCUGUCACGGGCGCCCCGGCAGCCAGCAUGGUCUUCGUGUCGGAGGACUAUCAUCAAGCCCUGCGCACCCUGCUCCAGGACCAGCUGGACAAGGCGGGCUUCUUGUCCUUUUCAUGGCUCCGAUCGAUUGGUGCCCAGCAUCCCCAGGCCUCGGCCAAACUCUACCUCGGGGAUGUGCCUCUGCGCGAGACGGCGUCCAUGCUCCUGGAGCCGGAGCGCUACAUCUCCCGCUGCGGCCUGGCAGCCGCCACGGCGCAACUCCUCCUCGACCCGGUCUUCAGCCAAGAGGAGUCCCUUGGCUUCAUGGUGUCGGAGCUCCUGGAUGAGGAUAUCUCCGAGAAUCUGGCCCUGGACCUGAUCCGCGCGGCCCUGUUCGAGGCGCUUCCUGCGGCCGGCGCCCCGGCGCGCCUGCUGCUGCUCCCGGCGUCCGGUCUACCUGCCGAGCAUCCGUCCGCCCCGGCAUUGGUCGAUCUCCUGCUCGCGGACCCGGCGGGCGAACCCGGUGAGGUGGCUGCUUCGGGCCCGAAAAGUGUGGAGGUGGUGGACCUUCGUCCUUCGGACGCCGUGCUGCCGCCCCCGGCGCCUGGCGGUGCCACCUUCCUCCUCCUUUCGUCGGGCCGUCCUCCGGCCGAGGCCCCGUCAGCUGGCCAUGGAUGGGGCUUCCUGCUGGCCGGUGCCGGGGUGUCGGGGCUCCUUCGCGCCGCGAUGGCGGCCUUCCUGCCGGGAAUCCCGGCCGAUGGCAGGGCCCCGGCCCCGGCCACCGGCACUUGGGGCCCACGGCGCCGGCGCCAGGGCACCGGCCCAGCGCGCUGGCAGCGCCAGGCCGACGCCACUCUUCGGGGUCUGGUCCGGCAUACGGUCGCACACUUGGCCCGGUUGCCGCGGGUCCUGGCGCCGACCGGCCUCCUGGCUCUCGGCCAAGCCCAGGCCAUUUGCCAAGCGCCAGCCCUGCUCGAGCACCUGGGCGGCUUGCUUCGCGAGCACUUCGACCUAACGCCCGCCCUGGUGGCGGGCCUUUUGCCGCUGCUCGCCGGUCCGACGCUCGCGGACUUGUCCCGGCGCCUGACGCACCUGGUCAAUGACCGGCUCCUGGCCGGGCUACGGGAUGUCCAAUGUCCGCAGCCGGCAUGGCCAUGGCCGGCUGGUCGGCCGGCUGGCAGCGGCCAGUCGCCAUCUCACCCGGGGGGCUCCGCCCUGGCCGGUGCCGCGGCAUCGGGCCUCGCCCUGGCGGCCAGCGUCCUGCGUGCGGGCCACGUGCUUUCCGGGGCCGGGGUCCGUGGCAGCGCCGAUGCCAGCCUGGCCUCAAUCAAGCAUGCCUCCAUGUUCCUUACUCGGGACUUGCUGGCCGGGCUGCUGUCUCAGGCCGGGGGCGCUGGGCCGGGAGUGCUUGACGAGGCGCUCUGGCCGGCGGGGCCCCCCUCGCGAGCUGGCCGGUCGUCCGCCACCUCGGUGGAAGCCCUGCUCGGGCAGUUGACCCAUUGCCAGCCAGCUGCCGGGGAUUUGGCCCCGCUUUUCGAGCUCCUGCGGCGCUGCCCGGGGGAGGACCUCUUCCCCGGGCUGUGGGCCACCUUGACCGCGCUGACUCGCUUGGGCAUGGCAUGCGCGCGGCCUGAGGCCCUGGACAGCCCGGGCCAAGGCCAACCCCAUGGGUCGGAUUCGUGCGACGCCGCUGCCCUGUGCUGGACCCUGGCCGAGGGCGCUGCCCCCAGUCGACAGGGUCUCGAGCCAUUGCUCCGGCCGCCGGCCGGAUCGGCGGACUCCUCGGACCCGCUCCUUGGCCACUUGGCCAGCCUGCUGGCGGAUCUCAUGUUCGAGGCGCUGACGCUCUUGCGUGCAGCCACGCCGGCCGCGGUUGGCCCAUUGGAUUUCCCCAAACUCGCGGACAGCCGCCGCGAGGGCCACCAAGCCAAGUUGGCCGGGAUGCUGGAUCAGCUUCGACGGGAAGCUGCCCGCGCGGCCCUGGCCGAGCCUGACGAUGGGCCCCGGCCGAUGACCCUGCCCAAGCGCCUGGUAGAUGCCACUGUCCAGGCGGCCAGUUUGAUUGUCUGCCUGGCGGUGGAAGCCGGCCUGUCGCCCAACGGCGUCCUGCCGGCUUGCCUGCUGCUCCCGGGUGGCGCUCUGAUUGAGCAUCGCGGCGCCCUCUUGGACCUCGCCGGCCACCCGGACCCAGGCCUGCUGCCGCACAUCGACCAGUUGCUGGGGUCGGUCCUUCGGGCGCCGCACCGCCCGGUCGGCGAGGUGGUUGCUCUGCUCGAGGGACUCGUCCGCCGGAUUGCCCCAACUGCCAAUGCAUUGCCGGACCAGUGAAUGGACUCUAAUCUUUCGCGGCA